AUGGCCUACGACGCCGGCGGCGGCCGCGCGCGCGCGGCCGAGCUCGCGGCGCUCCUCCGCGGCGACGUCGCGGCGCCGCUCGCCGGCCGCCGCGUGCUCCGCGAGGGCCCGCUCAAGAAGGUGAACCGGGGCGGGCCGAAGCAGUACCUCUUCGUGCUCCUCGACGACGCGCUCCUCUACUGCCGCGCGGUGCCCAACGGCGACGCGCUCGAGCUCAACCACGAGCUACCGCUGGAAACCGUCGUCGCGGGCCUGGGCCACCACGGCGCGGCGACGGCGCUCCGCGUCGAGUCGCCCGCGAAGAGCUUCCUCUGCGUCUCCGCGGACGCGGGCCGCGACGGCCUGUCCGUCGAGUCGUGGGCCGAGGCCGUCGCCGCCGCGGCGGCCGCGCGGCGCGAAAAGACGGGCGCGGCACCGCCGGCGGCGCUGGCCCCCGUCUGGACCGUCGACGGCCACGGCGACGACUGCUCGCUCUGCGGGAAGCUCUUCACGCUCUUCGACCGCAAGCACCACUGCCGCAAGUGCGGCCGCCUCGUGUGCCACGCGUGCUCGGGCGAGAAAUUGUUGCUCCCGGAC